GCUUUUGAAGUCUCUCGAGUUAUGGUCCAUCGCUGAGGCGGGUGUGAAGUGACGGUAUCCAGAACGUCCAAACACGUUACAGGUGUGAGUUGUAACGAAAAUGGCAUCCCAUAAACGUCCCGCUGCAAUGUCAGCUCGGUCACAGGAGAUUCACCAAGCGUUACAAGAACGUAUCUUGGUGAUCGAUGGAGCCAUGGGUACCAUGAUUCAGCGCCACAAGUUGUCAGAGGAGGAUUAUAAAGGAGAAGAAUUUAAAGACCAUGAAAGCCACCUGAAAGGCAACAAUGACCUUCUCUCUCUAACAAGACCACAAAUUAUUCUUGAAAUACAUAAAGCAUACCUAGAAGCUGGCUCGGACAUUGUUGAGACAAACACAUUCAGUGGAACUUGGGUAGCUCAGGCAGACUACCACCUGGAACACAUCUGUUACCGGCUUAACCUUGAAUCAGCACGACUGGCCAGACGGGCAGCUGAUGAAGUUACAGCAGCCACAGGGAAGCAGCGUUUUGUGGCUGGUGCCAUGGGCCCAACCAACCGAACACUCUCUAUAUCACCUUCAGUUGAACGUCCAGAUUACAGGAAUAUCACAUUUGAUGAGUUGGUCUCAGCAUACACUGAACAGGCCAGAGGGCUUUUAGAUGGAGGUGUUGAUAUACUGUUGGUGGAGACCGUCUUUGACACAGCUAAUGCUAAAGCAGCGCUCUUUGCCAUACAGACUCUGUUUGAGAAAGAGUAUGAACCUUUACCCAUAUUUGUGUCUGGAACCAUUGUGGACAAGUCUGGUCGAACCCUCUCAGGACAGACUGGGGAGGCCUUCGUUAUUAGUAUAUCUCAUGCACAGCCUUUGUGCAUUGGUUUGAAUUGCGCCUUGGGAGCCAGGGAGAUGCGGCCCUUUAUUGAAAACAUUGGACUAAAUACAACAUCUUAUGUCAUAUGCUACCCUAAUGCUGGUCUCCCUAAUACGUUUGGAGACUAUGAUGAGACUCCGGAGACAACAGCGAACCACAUCAGAGAAUUUGCCAAAGAUGGACUUGUUAAUGUGGUAGGAGGAUGUUGUGGCACAACCCCAGACCAUAUCAGAGCUAUUGCUGAAACUGUUGCCGCCAUCAAACCCCGAACUCCUCCUUCAGUUUUAUACAAAGACGCACAACUUCUUUGUGGCCUUGAGCCUAUGAGAAUCACAAGUCAAACUAAUUUUGUAAAUAUUGGUGAAAGAUGCAAUGUUGCUGGCUCCCGAAAAUUCUGUCGACUGAUUAAGAAUGGGGAGUAUGAAGAAGCCCUUUCUAUUGCUAAGGCUCAGGUUGAAAAUGGAGCACAGAUCAUUGAUGUUAAUAUGGAUGAAGGUUUACUGGAUGGCAAGGCAGCAAUGACACGCUUUCUUAACUUGAUAGCAACUGAACCAGAUAUUUGCAAAGUCCCAAUGUGUAUUGAUUCCUCGAAUUUUGAUGUGAUAGAAGCUGGUCUUAAGGUAACUCAAGGAAAAUGUGUUGUCAACUCUAUCUCACUUAAGGAAGGCGAGGAAGAGUUUAUAUACAAGGCCAACCUCAUAAAGAAGUAUGGAUCUGCAGUUGUUGUCAUGGCUUUUGAUGAAAUGGGCCAGGCUGUGGAUGUGGAAAAUAAAGUACGGAUAUGUCAGCGAUCUUAUAAAAUCCUUACUGAAAUUGUUGGGUUCAACGCCAAUGACAUCAUCUUUGACCCGAACAUCUUAACAAUUGCUACUGGAAUAGAAGAUCACAAUAACUAUGGCAUUAACUUUAUUGAAGCUACAAAAAGAAUUAAGGACACCUGCCCAGGGGUACGCAUUAGUGGUGGGGUGAGCAACUUCUCUUUUUCCUUUCGUGGGAAGGAAACAAUUCGUGAAGCAAUGCACGCUGUCUUUCUGUACCACGCCAUUAAAGCUGGCAUGGACAUGGGUAUUGUUAACGCAGGAUGCUUGCCUGUCUAUGAUGAUAUAGAACGUGAGCUGCUGCAACUCUCUGAAUCUCUCUUGUGGAACACUGACCCUGAUGGUACUGAAAAGUUAUUAGCAUAUGCUGAAAAAAGUUCAUCUCAAGUAAAAGUUGGUGCUGUUGUAGAUGACUGGCGGGGUAAGGAUGUGGAGGAGAGGCUGAAGUAUUCCUUGGUGAAAGGUAUUGAUAAAUUCAUAGUGGAAGACACAGAAGAAGCUCGUCUACAAGUAGAAAAAUAUCCCCGGCCACUGAGGGUUAUUGAAGGACCCCUUAUGAAUGGAAUGAGCAUUGUCGGUGAGCUGUUUGGUGCUGGGAAAAUGUUUCUGCCGCAGGUGAUUAAGAGUGCACGUGUAAUGAAAAAAGCUGUGGCGCAUCUGAUUCCUUUCAUGGAGGCAGAACGGGCUGCAAUGGUGAACGGACUUGGUGGUAGUGUGUCAGACACAGACAGAUAUAACGGUACUAUAGUGUUAGCAACAGUUAAAGGUGAUGUUCAUGAUAUUGGUAAGAAUAUUGUGGGUGUUGUGCUUGGAUGCAACAACUACAGAGUUAUUGAUCUGGGAGUGAUGUGCUCUUGUGACAAAAUAUUGCGGUGUGCUAUUGCAGAGAAGGCUGACAUCAUUGGGCUCUCUGGACUUAUUACUCCAUCACUGGAUGAGAUGAUCUUCGUUGCACGGGAGAUGGAAAGAUUAGGCCUUCAGGUGCCAUUACUCAUUGGUGGAGCAACAACUUCCAGAACUCACACAGCCGUUAAGAUCGCUCCAAAGUACACAAAUCCAGUCGUUCACGUUCUGGAUGCUUCCAAGAGUGUGGUGGUGUGCUCAUCUCUACUUGAUACCUCUUCAUAUGAUGAUUUUAUUGAUGAACUGAAUGAAGACUAUGACAUGAUCAGGGAAGAACAUUAUGAAAACUUACGAGAGAAGAAAUAUGUCAGUCUUGAGGAAGCCCGCAGAGGCAGGUUUAAGAUAGACUGGGAAAGUAUACCAAAGCCUGUGAUCCCAAAGUUUUUUGGCACAAAAGCAUUCAAGAAUUAUGACCUCACUGCACUGUUGCCCUACAUUGACUGGAAGCCAUUCUUUGAUGUAUGGCAGCUACGAGGCAAAUACCCCAACCGAGGCUAUCCCAAAAUUUUCAAGGAUGCUACAGUCGGAAAUGAAGCUAGACGAGUGUUUGAUGAUGCACAGAAGCUCUUGUCAAGAAUCAUAUCAGAAGGAUCCUUACAACCCCAUGGUAUUGUUGGUUUCUAUCCUGCCAAUUCUGUUGAGGACGACAUAGAACUUUACAGCGAUGAGUCCAGAUCAGAAGUUAUCGCCAAACUGUAUGGUCUAAGACAGCAGGCAGUGAAAGAAAGUCAAGACCCAUUCUGCUGCAUGUCAGACUUUAUUGCUCACAAAAAUUCUGGGAUUAAGGAUUAUAUUGGUAUGUUUGCUGUGACUGCAGGCUUUGGGGCAGAUGAAUUGUGUGCUGAGUUCCAGGAAGACUUUGAUGACUACAGUAUAAUUUUGGUGAAAGCAAUUGCAGAUAGAUUAGCAGAAGCCUUUGCUGAAGAGCUCCAUGAGAGAGUGAGGAAAGAUUUAUGGGGGUAUGCUAGUGAUGAAUACCUGGAAGCUAAUGACCUGCACAGACUUAAGUAUAUGGGAAUACGACCAGCUCCUGGAUACCCAAUCCAGCCAGAUCAUCAAGAAAAAUUAACUAUGUGGAACGUCAUGAACGUGGAGGAUCUGACAGGAAUUGGUCUGACAGAGGCGCUAGCUAUGACUCCCGCAGCCUCAGUCUCAGGACUCUACUUUGCCAAUCCUAAAAGUCAUUACUUCUCUGUAGGGAAGGUGGCGAGGGACCAGGUCGUGAGUUACUCUCAGCGUCGUGGUGCAGACAUCUCAGAAGUUGAAAGGUGGUUAAGCACGAACUUGUCAUAUGAUCCAACUGAGGAGUGAGGUGAUGAAGCCAAACAUUUACUGGUUAUUGAUCCUAAACCUCCAAGUCUACCUUAACUCAUUGAAUAUGAUAUCACCAUACUCAAGAGGUUAAGUCAUUGUACUGAGGGGAUUCAGUCAUCAUACUAAGGGAGCUCACUUAUUCUGAAAAGGUUAAAACAGUUGAACAUCAAUGUCCUGGUGUGACUAAUGCUGUUUGUGGAAGAUGGUACAAUAUGCUUAAAAAAGAAAAAGAAAAAAAGAAUUUAAACUUCUGCAUCAGAUAUUAUAAGUAUUGCACAGCAUAAGAUUUUGCAGGUUUAGUAUAGUAAUUUUAUAUCAUGAAAGAGAGCAGUAAUUUCAAGUGAAAAUGGUAUGAUAUGUAUGUCAAAUAUUCGCAUAAGAAAUUAGGGAAGGACGUUUACCAGUAGAUGUUUAUUUUUACAUAUUUCAAGAUGUAUAAAUCAGUGUACCUGUAAGUGUUUGUGUUUGUGUAUGUUUGAUGCUAAAUAGGGAUAAUCAUCCUAAUAAGCCUUAAAAUGCAGUUGACAUUUUUGACUGAUGAAUAUUUUGUAGUCGUAACAUAAUAGAAAUUACUCGCACUGUUGUUUGUUUCAUAAAAUUUGCUUAUUAUUUCUUAACACUCUUGCACAUAACCGAGGGGGGGUGGG